CUGGGCCUUGAUCUUCUCUUUACACUGCAGUUACACUCUUGGUUGGUUGCAGAGCGCUUGGUCUCAAGAUGUUGGUCCUGAGAGUUUAUUUUUUAUUUCCUACUUUAGAACUACUAACCUGAAGAUAAAGUCAUUGUGAAGAGUUGCAGACUCCGCCCACAUAAGACACUACUCGCUGCUUGGUUGGCUACAGAGUCGCUGGUUCACAGAAGGCUUGGAUAUUAUUGACCUCCUGAAAACAGAUUCUGUUGAUGUGCUUGGACCCCCAAACAGCGAGUUUGUUUCCUGGUUUGUGGGUUUUGCUUUUUUUUUUUUUUUAAAAAAUUCUUCACCUGACAGCAAGAGGAUUUAUUGUACACGAGUUACAUUUGGCCACAAGAGAGAAUAGAACUAGUCCAGAAUGCCAAAGGUCCAGGGCAGAGGGCCUGCGGGACUGUUUUGGUUAUAAGAAAGGCAGUCAUUUUCCCAGGUGAUCUCGGCAAGGUGACAUUCCGGGUCUACUGAGACUUAUUACCGACAGCAGCAUACAGUCCAACAACUUGUUCCAGUGUCCCGGCCUUCAGCAUCCCUUACUUCUGCUCCUGCAGGCUUCGCGGGUGCACAAGCUGCUUUACUUGGAUCUCUGCCUCAUCUUUCUUUUGCUGGCUUCAGCCUAUGCAUUCUCUUCUUCCGCCACUUCGCUCUCAUGGCGCAGGAUGUUCAAGGAAGAUGGCGCUAAGACCGAGAGCAACAUUUCUAUUCUUAAGCAUAAUCCUUUGACAUUUUAAAAUUUAAUCUGUCUGGUUUGAACAGCUUUAUUAGUACGGACAAGUUGUAAAAGAAAAAUAAGCUUUGUCCUCACCAAGAGCACUUCAUCGCAUCUACCUGUGCAGGUCUCUACUGCAAGCUCUGAUCAGCUUGAAUGCUGGUCUAUCCUGGUAACCGUCUUCCGCACUUGCUGUCUUUCACUCUAACACUCCGCAAAAAGACCAAAAUCAUGCCAUGUGUAUAGCGAAGUUCAGCCCGUUUCAUUACAGCGUUGCGGUGUCAGGGAGGGCUGUCAUCUUUAGAUGACCAUCUAUACGAGCUUAAGAUAAAGGAUUGAAAAACCACAAGUGUAGCGAGUGUGUAGGAGGCAGAUUUAUUAAGAAAGGGUUAGGCUCCUAACAGAAGGCCAUUGGUGUAAACGUUGCAGUGUAAGUGAGCCCUACUCAGAGAGGUAUCCUGGACAUCAGGAGCCAAGGAAUACCACAAAGUCACACCACACAAAGACCUCACAUAAGAGAUUGGACAGGGAAAACCAGAAGCAGGAGGGAACUGAGCAGAAGGCAUUCUUGGGGGCAGAGCCUUCCAAGGUUGCCUGGGAUUGGCGGGCUUAUGUGACCUGGUUUUGAAAGCUCGGGAUUGGUGGGCUUUCUUUGCCCUUUAUCCUACAAUUGGAUCAGAAACAUAGAUUCAUUCUAUAACUAAUAUCCUUUGUCAUACCCAGAUCAGCACAGAGUUCCAGAGUCAGUUGUCCUUGGACUUACUGUUAUUAAAAUCAAAAUGUCCUCCUCAAGGUUAGAUAUGAAUGGGCUCACACCUUCUCAUGUGUCUGAAUGCUUGGUCUCUCUCGGGGAUGCUGUCUGGGGAAGUCAUAAAACCCCAGGACCAUGGAAAGCAGCAGGAGAAAUUGGGUGACUAGAUGCAAUAAGGGCCUGCCAAAAGCACAUAACCAACUACUUCAGAUCCGUCUUUCCAAGUCACUGGUUUCUCCAACUGCCAUCCCUCCCUGUCUCUGAGAGUCUGAAGGAGAGAAUACCUUUCAUCCUUUCAACUACAACUUUUGUGUGUGUGUGUGUGUGUGUGUGUGUGUGUGUGUGUGUGUGUUUCUUUAUUUUUCUCCAUCUUUAUUAAAUUGGAUAUUUCUUAUUUACAUUUCAACUGUUACUCCCUUUUCUGGUUUCCAGGUCAACAUCCCCGUAACCCCUCCCCCUCCCCUUCUAUCUGGGUGUUCCCCUCCCCAUCUUCCCCCCAUUACUGUGCUCCCUCCAACAAUCCUGUUCACUGGGAUUUGUUCACAGCCAUGACAAAAGUUACACAGUCCCUUCCUGUGAAGUCACCAAUAAAUAGAUAAAUAAUAACCCUUUGAUAAGUGAUUAAAAUUUUUUAUUGAAGAUUUUUCAUGGAAGUACACAGUGAACGGAGAUCGUUUUCAUGAGCCCCGUUGCAUUGCAGCUGCUUUUGGCCUGUGCCAGAAAGUUCUCAUUUCAGUUAAGGUUCUACUUACGAUCCACAGCUCUAGUUAGACUAACCAUUACCUCUUGGACUGGCAUGUUACAGACAGCAAUCCCUGUAUCUAUUUCUACUUCAGAAAAUAACAAUACAUCAUUCUUGUGGCUGAGCCUGGGUGACCCUUCAUGAAUGUUGCCAAUGAGUUUCCAUAUGGAAACUGUGAACAGUCCUGCUGAACUGUGGACCUCGCUGUGAACAUGAAGCAUCAACUUGGUCAUGUAGAACUUUGUGUGCGAUACCGAGGAAUCUCAUCAUUUCAGUACACAUGGUUAUUCAUUAAGGACAUUGGCUUGUACUCUCUCUGUCUCUGUAUUUGUGUCUGUGUCUCUGUGUCUGUGUCUCUGUCUCUCUCCCAGAGUGUGUAUGUGUGUUGUUGUUGUUGUUGUUGUUGUUGCUGCUGCUGCUGCUGCUGCUGCUAUGGUUUUCACACCAGGGUAAUACUGGCUUUAUAGACCAAGUUUGGAAUGAGCUUUUCUUGUCUCUUUGGAGAAGCAGCUUGAAGGUCAUCAGUCUCCACUCUAAGGCCAGUAGAUCAUCUCGUGGUGAUCCCAUUCCCCACCUGUUACAGUGGUGGACUUGGAGAAGGAAAUCCCAUGCAUGGAUUUCUGCGAUGCAAAUUUACCACCAGCAUCCAGACAAACUGGUUCCAGGCUGUCCAUAUCUACCAUUGUGGACUCCAUGUGUUGUUUAGGCCAAAAGGCCGAAGAAACUCUGGGACUCAUAGGAGCAAAUAGGCUUCAUGAUGUCCUGACAAAAAAUAAUAUGUUCAACAGGAAAAAAAUUGUUGGGAACAUCCUUGGAGAAAUAAGGCAUGUUCCAAAGAUUUGUUCUGCCAAGAGUCCUGCAGGUCCUGACAACCUCGCUUCCGCCCUUUGGAGGAGAGAGAGUGAUCCUGCCUUGUCCAUGUCCGUGGCAUCUGACACCCACAAAUGGCAAGGGGAGAGCUCCUCUAGGUGCUUCUCUCCAGAUUUAGACGAGAUGCUGGAGAUCAGCUGGCUGUGGAAGUCUGCCCAACAGUGCUAUGCUGAGGAGGCCUACAACAGCCACAAAAAUUCUGAGGAGGCAGAGAGCACUGUCUCAUUGAGUGACUCCUCUGAGGAUGACCUGUCCUACCUGGAGGAUAUCAUUCCCGACUCUAACUCGGACUCACAGCACGCUGGUGUGGGGGUAGGGACCAAGAAGACCAACAGUACCAUCGGGAUCAGUUACACAUCCCUCAAUGCUGUAUUGUUCCUUGAAGACACCAACUGCAAACAGAUCCCAGAACCUCAAGAUGAUACCAAGGUUACCAACCGCAUCGGUGUAUCCAGUGACGUGAGUGAAACUGACCUACAGUUCAGUGAGAGAAUACAUGAUACUACAUAUUCCGUGAUUUCUGCCCAGAGUAGGAACACUAAAUAUGAAGAUGACAAUGGCAUAACCCUAGAGGAGUCACCAUCUCUAUCUAGCAAGGACCAGUUCUGGGAGGUGCCCAAAGACCCCAUAAAGAAGCAAAGAAGGCAGAUUAGUCAGUUCUUUUACAGUUUAUUCUGUUGCCUCCCCACCCCGAAGAAAAGAGAGACAACCUCCAGGGCUGAAGAUCAUGCCUGGGUCUGUGAUUCUUAAGCCCUGGAUUUCCGUUCAGCCUGGUAUGGUCCACCAGCUACAGAAGGGAGCCAGGCCAGAACAGGAUAGAGCUUUGUACCGCAAGACCUGUUGUUACCUGUCAGACACCUACAGCCUGGGCACGAGCUCUCUACCCUCCUCUCCCUGCAGUGUAGACUAUUGGCUGCCUACUUCUUAACUUACGGUGCCCCAGCACUGAGGCUGGACAGAGCGGUCGAUCACUUGUUAUGAAGAGACAGCUGUCCAGAUGCAGCAAACCUCGGGAGAGGAUUUUGUGUUUCCCAUGAUAGCUCAUCACCUAAUUUUGAUCCUUAUCAAUGACCAGAUGCAAUGAACUGCAUGUACUCGGUAGCCCAUGAGAUAUGUCUCUUCAAAAGUAAGCAUGUGGCUUGAAUCUGCAAAGAAGACCGGGGAAACUACCCUCAGCUGCAUUUGUUGGACCGCCAUAGAACAGCAUCUCUCAGCUCCAUGGGGGAGCCUACCCCACAAUGACCCGGUACUGUGGAUCCUGUGGAUUGGUUUCUUUCGUGAUGUUGUCACAUCAAGACUAUGAACCUGGAGCAGUGUUAUGCUCUCUGUAGUUGAAACAAGAUUCCUCAGGCCUCACAUGGAAAGUCAUUCAUUUUUAUUAAACGCUCACUUGAUUCUUUUUUUUA